AGUCGUUCCACACAACAAUGGCACGGAGUCGAAGUCGCUCUCCUACUCGUUCUCGUCGCCACGGGGGCUCCUCGUCCUCCUCUAGACGUGACCGACACGCAUCCUCGUCUCGCCGUCGCAGUCGUAGUCGACAUCGAGAGGACCCACCAGCGCCCUCCGAAGACAAGAAUGGGGAGAUCUCGCUGAGCAUCGAAGAGACCAACAAGCUUCGUAUCUCCUUGGGACUUAAGCCGCUAUCAGUGGGCCCCUCCAAGAAGGAGCAAUCAGUUGUCAAUGUACAAAAGACCAGCGCCGAAUUAGACGCCGAGCGCGAGCAACAGGAGCUCAAGAAGAAGCUACAACAGUCCAAGACUCGACGAGAACUAACCCAGAAAUUAGCGGGUAAAUCACUUGGCGAGCAGCUAAAAGCCGAUUUGGAAGCUCAAAAGGCAGGUAACGACGCCUUGGAGUGGGUUAAGCAGUCCAGGAGGAAGAAGUUCAACGAAAAUAAGCCUCAAGAGGAGACAGAGGAGAAGUAUGACGCGUCUGCUCUAGCAGGCAUGACAGUGGGCCAUUCAUUGGAUAAUUUCGAGGACGGACAGGAGAUUGUAUUAACUCUCAAAGACCAGCGAGUACUGGGAGAAGACGGUAAGGACUUGAACGAGGAAGACGAUGAACUCGUCAACGUAGAGCUAAGCGAGAAGGACCGACGCUUGGCUCAGCAGGUGAGGGCCAAACGAGCAGCUUUACCGGUUUAUACCGGUUACGAUGAUGACGAAUUUAUCGAGAUGGGCAGUUCGAAAAAAAGGAAGAGUGGUCCGAAAUUACUGGCCCACUAUGACGAAGAGCAAGAGGCAGUGAAGGCUGCUGAAGCGAGGAAGUUUAAGCUAGAUGCAUCGGGCGGGUCUAAAGCUGUGGAAAGUGAGAGUAAGCAGGAGGACGAAGACGAUAUCGCAGUGAUUUCUCUUGCUAUGGAUAAAACCAAGAGAGUGGAGGACUAUUACUCGAAAGAAGAGGUGGAGGCGCAGUUUAAAAAGAGCAAAAAACUGCGUAAGAAGAAGAAAUCACGUCGUCGUCGUGUGGAUCUAGACGAAAAUGAUGCAGUAGAAGUGCAGCUAAACACUCAAGAUACAGACGCUGCGUCUCUAGUGGCUCAGCUGGAACAGGAGGCCUUACAGACAGGUUCUACCUCUAAAGAUCGUGGAAAGCGUAAGCGAACUCGCCAUGAGGAUACCGAAGAGGAAGAGAAUCUACUUCGGUUCCAGGAAGCUCGAGAAAAGGCCAAUGCAGUGGCGUCUGAGGCUCUGGCUGCUAGUAAAAAGAAGAUGAAGCGACGAGUUAUUGACGAUAGUGAGCUGGUGGAUGACGCCGCAAUAGAGAUGGAACUCGGUGCCUCACUGGCUCGUGCACGUCAAUUGGCACACAAGCAAGUGCCAGUGGCUCCGACGACCAGUGAGGAUCGGAUCGCACAGCUUGCGAGUCAAACUAUCAGUCAAGAGGACGAUAAAACGUCUGCUGUGUCCACAGAUACCUCUGGAGACGUUGUGAUGGGUGAUACUGCCAAUAUCAAGCCUGUAGGUCAUGUGUUUGGAGAGGUUAGUACUGCAGCGAAUACUGUGGUGUUUAACGAGGCCACGGACUUCGAGACGCGGUUACGAGACGCCAUGGAGAAGCGUGCAGCUCAGUUCCAAGCUGCAGCGGACGGUAAUACCGGUACCAAUACCAGUAAACCUCAACCUGUUGUUGAAGAGCAGAAACAAGAAGAGAACAUGGAGAUUGAAGAGAAGGAAGAGAACUAUAGCGACGAUGAAGAGGCGAAAGAGAACGAAGUGUGGGGCGAAGAGCAACCGCUUGUAGGCACUGGAAUGGCUGCAACUUUGGCGCUCCUCCGUAAGACUGGAGAUCUACGUCAGACUCAUGUCGAACGACAAGCUGGGCGUGCGAAUGACGCUCGGGAUCGCAACUUUGAAGACGAUUUACGUAUCAAAAACGGCGUGAAAUUGGACUAUCGCGACGAGUUUGGCCGCCUACUUACCAAGAAGGAGGCCUUCCGCAUGUUGUCGUAUAAAUUCCACGGUCAUGAGCCUGGAAAGAAGAAAAAGGAGAAACGUUUGAGACAGCUGAAGGAAGAAUUGGAGGCCCAGAAGAUGCUGUCUGGGGAAGGAAGCACCAAGAUGAUGAAGGUCCUCGAGAAGAAGCAGAAACACACCAAGGAAGCCCACGUCGUGCUCUCUAGCGGAGUAUAAGACCAGUGUAGCCAUUCUGCUAAUCCAAUGUAGCCGUCAUGACGAGUAGCUAUAGUGGUAGAAGAAGUAUUCUCAAAAAGAAUAAGUGGAUUGUUGGCUUCUUCUACAAGUACAUUGGGUGUCAAUGUGGGGAUUUCUGAAAUAUCAAAAAAGGGUCCUGCUUCUUUUUCCUA